CUUUUUUGUGAUUGAACUCCGUCUUCAGAACUCAAAACUUGAGAGAGACAGCAGAGCACCGAAAUCGGGCUAUGGAAGCAGUGAACAAUUGACUGUUUGCUGAUCAAAAACAUGGAUGAGUAUGAGAGAGAGGAAGCCAAAGAAAGAGGAAGAGAAGAAAGAGGAAGAGAAAGAGAAAGAGAAAGAAAGAUAGAGAGAUGGAAACAGAGAGAGGGAUUCCGGAGGGAGAUGGGUGAAAAUUAUUGUGUCUUGAAGAAACUGAAUCAUCUAAUGAUCAAUAAGGCGUGCAAUUUGACCGCAGAUCAGAUAGAUCAUAUCGACUCUUUUUACCGUCGGCUAAGAUUCCUAGCAAUCAUUCUCAAGGAUAUGGACGAGAAGCAGCAGCAGCAUGAACUGAACCAUGAAGCUAAAACCCUGCCGAUGCAAAUUUAUUAUUUGAUCUGCAAGACAAGACAACUCAUCCGUUUUUUUGAUGUUGAAGUUCCAGGGCAAAGGGACAGCAAUAACAACGGUGACAGUUUUUUUGAUAUUUUAAUUGGCAUAAAUAUCAUGGAAGAGAUUAAGACGAUCGAGGCAAAAGUGGUGCAGUUUUAUGACCAGAUAAAUCAGAUCCAACUCCUACAAAAUUUCAGUGAUGGAGUCCAUUCGUCAAUGUCAAUGUCAAUGGAGAACAGAACCAUGGUAGAUGAAGAAAUUACAGUGGGCUUUGAUGAUGAGGCCUUGACUAUAAAAAAGCUACUUGCUGGAGGGAAGAAGCAGCUACAAAUGAUAUCAAUUGUUGGGAUGCCUGGACUCGGUAAGACUACUUUAGCCACAAAACUGUACAAUGAUCCUUACAUCACACACUACUUUCAUAUUCGUGCAUGGACCUAUGCUUCUCAAUUACCCACAAAAACAGAUAUGUUGUUGGACAUUUUACGUUCUGUUAAUGUCGAUGAAAUUGAAAACAUGACGAAUGAGAAGCUAGGCGAAAAGUUGUACAAGCAAUUAAAAGGCAAGAGAUAUCUCAUUGUCAUUGAUGAUUUAUGGGAUAUUGGUGCCUGGAUCGAUCUUAAAACGUAUUUCCCCAAUGACAACAAUGGAAGUAGAGUUAUGUUCACUAGUCGGCUCAAAGAGUUGUCUAUGCAUGCCUCACCUGAUUGCCAUCCUCAUUGUCUGCGUUUUCUCACUGAAGAAGAGAGUUGGGACUUGUUACAACUGAAGGUGUUUCAAAAUGAAAGUUGCCCGCCAGAACUGAUUAAAAUUGGGAAGCAAAUAAUGAAAAAAUGUGAAGGACUUCCACUUGCAAUUGUUAUAAUAGCAGGACUUCUUGCAAAGAACAUCAAGACACAAGAGUCGUGGAUACAAGUUGCCCAACGUGUAAGCUCAUACAUUGUUAGUGAUCCAAACCAGUACCUGGACACACUAGCACUGAGUUACAAUCACUUGCCUCGCCACUUGAAACCAUGCUUUCUCUAUUUAGGAGCAUUCCCAGAAGACCAAGAAAUCCCAGUGCAGAAGUUAAUUUGUUUGUGGGUAGCUGAGGGGUUUAUACAAAAGAUUGGGCAGAGAAGCUUGGAGGAAGUAGCAGAGGAUUACUUAAUGGAUCUAAUUCAGAGAAGUCUGGUAAUUGUUGCUAAAAAAAGGUUUGAUGGUCGAAUUAAAACAUGUCGUAUGCAUGAUUUGUUGCGUGAUUUAUGCUUGAAGAAAGCCAGGGAAAUUAAUUUCCUACAGUGGAUUCACAAUUAUAAAGAUGCUUAUCCUCCUCCUUCAAGUAAUUACAAAGCAAAUAACCAAUGUCGUCUGUGUAUCCAUUCUGACUUCUUGGGAAAACGUGGUCAUGUUCUGUUAAAGUUUUAUUCCCCAGCAGUUGUUCAAUCAUUAUCGUGCUUCAGAAAUAAGUUUCAGAUGGAAAUGAGUUAUAACAACAAUCCGUUUGGUGAUGUGUGCUCGUUUAUUUGUUGGACCUUGAAACUUCUUAGAGUGUUGGACGUAUGGUACGUGAAUGCCUUUUUUUCAAGAGAAUUUUCAAGAGAAUUAACACAACUUGUUAAUUUGAGGUAUUUGGCAAUUAAUUUGAUAAGUUCUUAUGAAUUACCGCCAUCAAUAUCCAAUCUCUCAAACCUAGAAACACUUAUUAUUUCUACACAAUGGAGUGAGGUUAUUCUGCCAUGCAAUGUUUGGAAGAUUCCAAAGUUGAGGCAUCUUUAUGCUAAAGGAGGUGCAAAAGUUUAUGUGUCUUUAUGUUCUGAAGAAGCAGUAACAGAUCACAACCAUCCCUCUAUAUUAGAAAACCUACGAACCAUCGCUAACUUAAACUGUUAUGGAUUUAUUCAGGAUUUAUUGGCAAGAACUCCUUUUCUUACAGAGCUGGGAAUUUGUGGACAACUGUUUUCAGAUUCGGAGAAUUGGAUGUUUCUUAACCUAGAAUUUUUAAGACACCUUGAGACUUUGAAGCUAAGCAGCAAUUUUUUCCCCAGACACCCAACUACUCUCAGAGAGGUCAAGUUUCCUGCAAAUAUUAAAAGGCUAACCUUGAAAGGUACAGGGAUAAAGUGGGAGGAGAUAUCAGUCCUUGGGAUGAUGUUACCCAACCUUGAGCUUCUCAAAUUAGAAAAUGGUGCUGCCUGGGGACAGCAAUGGGCAACAACUGAUGAUGCGUUUCCUCAACUCAAAUUCUUGAAACUGAAGUACCUCAAUGUUAAGCAAUGGAUCACUUGCUCUAGUCAAUUUCCAAGCCUUCAACACUUAUUGUUGGAACGGUGUGAAGAUCUCAAGGAAAUACCAUCUAGUUUGGCGGAUAUACUCUCUCUGCAGCUGAUUGAGGUAAACUAUUGUCGUUCCACUGUUGACGAAUCUGUCAGGAAAAUUAAGGAAGAGCAAGAGAGCAUUGGAAAUAAUUGGUUGAAAGUGCUGAUUAAGAGGAAACAACCGUGGGCCCCUUGAGUAAAGUGUAAUGAUACAACUUCUAAAGGAUGAAGAUUGUCUUGCUAUGGCUUCCCUCCCUUGUUCUGAAUCAAACGGAAAUGGUGUUUUCAAAGGUGCUAUCAGAGAAAAUGUACCAAUUAGAGAUUGGGUGUUUGAUUGUGCUAGAAAUUGCUAGUUAAGUGUGCUUGUUAUGUAAUAUAACUGUUUGUGAGUGCUUUUGUAAUAUAUUACUGAAUUCACCCAAAAAAAUAUAUAACUACUGUUUGUGAGGAAAUUGUUGGAGUAUUAUUCUGUCUUGUUUACUGUCAAAAUAUAAAAAUGGAGUAGAGUUUGUGACUCUAAAUUUACCUGGUUUAAGCAUAUUUAAGUGUUUGGUAUGGCCAGC